UCAAAAUCUUCUCUCUGCUGGAUCGAGAAGAGUGUUUAACCUUUGGAGCUCUCUCUCUUUAAGUCUAUCGCAUUCGAUUCGAAUCCCACCUUUGAUUUCGUUCCUUGGUAGUGGUCCCCCCCCCCUCACUCAGUUCGCCGCCGUUAGCUGCCGAAGCUUGUCUCCGUCGGUGAAUUUUGGUCAAUUGAGAGAGAUUUGCAAUGGAGAAAGUUGCUUCUCUCCGGUGCCAAAGUAAAGAACUUUGUGUGAAAUGAGUUGGUUUUUCACUCAAGAAAUGGUUAUACAUGUUAUGUUGGGUGAACUUGUAAGUUUGAAUAUGAGCAAUGGAGUUGGGGAAGGUGGAAGAAGUCAGAGCAGAGAAUCUCACGGCAAGAGAGAGCUUUUUCAAGGCAGUGAUUUCGCUUACGCUUUAGGGAGAAUAGCAGUGGCUCAGAUUUGCGAGAGUGUAGAGGUUAAUGUGUCUCAGCAAUCACAGAAGGGGGUUAGGUUUAGUUCUUUUCAAGAAUCUGCUCUUGAUACGCUAACCGGCGUAGCGAUUCAGUAUAUCCAGAGCAUUGGGAAGGCUGCUCAGUUUUAUGCUAACGUGGCCGGUAGAGUAGAGGGUAACUCUCUGGAUAUUGUUCAGGCAUUAACGGAUUUGGGAUCUGGUUCUGGUGUUUCAGACAUUGAGUGUUGUUGUCUUGGUGAUUCUGGUAUAGUCAAGGAUGUUAUUCGUUAUACAGGAGAAGCGGAGGAGGUGCCGUUUGUUUAUGCUCUUCCCCGUUUCCCAAUUAAUAAAGAGAAAAGAGAUUCUCCUAGUUUCUACGAGGUUGGAGCAGAACCUCCAUAUGAACACAUCCCUGUUUGGCUUCCUGCAUUUCCCGAAACUAAUGUAGGCACAAUCGAAGGAAAUGGGCCAUCUUUACCGAGUAUACAGCAUUCUUUCAAUGGUGGUGGGUUAGAAGUACUCAAAUCUCCAAAGAGUGCUCGAAAUUCAACACAAGGAGAAGAAGAAAUGGAAGGUAAUCCGUUUCUUGCCGCACCUCUUCGGUUUGUAGAGAAUGAAGUGUCACCUGUGGUCCGCCUUCUGGAGCUUUCAAAUGAAGUUGUUGGCAUCAAUCACGUUCCUGAUAAGCAUACAAGCAACAACAACAGUCACAUCCCAGUUCUUGAGGCAUCUACUCCAUGUGAUGAUAUCAACAACAAGAACAAAUUAUCUGAAUCAGAGGGUGGAGAGAAGAAAGGUGGUGCAAGACCACAGCAAACUUUGUUGUGUUUCAAGAUUGGGACUUUAAAGAGACCUUCGUGUUUGGCAAUAAAGGGGAGCGUCCAGGGACUUCGGUGGUUUCAAGAAGGUGAAGUCAAGAGGGAGAAGAAGUCAGAAACCGAAGAAAAUGGUGAAAGAUUUGACUUGGCAAAUCUCGGCCCAGAUGUUGUUAUAUAGGUUUUGUCAUUUUACAAUUUGUAGACAGAAUAGCUUUUACAUCCUGAGAAUAAAGUGAAGAUUGCUUGGCCUUUAA